AGGUCAGAGCAACGAUGAGAUCGCGUCUCUCAGAGGAAUGUAUUAACAUGGUCGAGGCCAUCGAAUUUACAAGGAAGCUUGAUGAUGGCAGGCAGCCAGAACUGUGGGAUCAAGCGGACCUUAUCCUGAUUGGGCUCUCCAGAUCUGGCAAAACCCCUUUAGCGUUCUUCCUGGCACAGAGAGGCUUCAAGGUGGCCAACUAUCCAGUGAUCCCAGAUGAAGAUCCACCGGAACAGCUCUUUGAUCCUGCUUUGCAGUCCAAAUGCGUGGCCUUGACAAUCCAGGCCCAGCGGUUGCACGCUGUUCGCUCUGCCCGGAUGACAGACUAUGGAUCCUCCAAGUCAACGUAUUCCUCGCUGGAGAACUGUCGUAAAGAAACGAACUGGCUGAAGACCUUCUACAUGCGGAAAGGUCCACGUUGGCCAGUUAUUGAUACUACCAACGGUGGCCUAGAGGAGACUGCUGCCAAGGUGCUGAAGAUUCUGCAGCGCAUCAAAGGAGUUGAGAAAGCAACUGGACAGUUUGCCAAUCCUUCGAUUGAAUAAUGAGCCUGUGCUGCCGCAACUGCAAAUGUAUCGAAGUUCAGGCAUGCCGGACUUUUUAAAGCAGCUGCUUCUGAUGUGAGCACACCUUUGCUCCCAGGCUGAAGAGCUGUACACGGCUAGAUUCUUCUCUUGCAGAGGGCUGCUGGCUUUUCAGUUUCAUUUGAUCAGAAUUUUAAAUCUUGCACGAGGCAGGAUCCCAUCAGAACGCCACUGCAAUCCAAGCCAAAAAGUCGAGUUGACUCGUAGCCGCAGAUGUGGCGUCUUUGGUUCCAAGUAACAAGGGAAUUGUAGUUGCAAACAAUCCAAUAGCGAUGGCCUCCAGCCUAGUAGCGAUGAUGGCCUCCAACCUAAUAGCGAUGGCAUCCAACCUAAUAGUAAUGGACAUUGUGUAUAUAUAACCUGAAAAGAUAGAGUCUUCGGCUGAGGUUUGGCAGAUUGACAAAGUAGGUUCGUCAAGUCUGCGGGAACCUGUUGGUUUAGUUUGGGUUGCUUUCCAUCUGGAACACUGCGCGUCCUGUUAUUUUGGCUCAGACUCACCAAGCUGAGGCUGGAGGAGGAUAAACAUCAAGCCAGGGGAAGUUGCUAGUCAACAAUAUUUGCUUCACAAGCCAGCUCUCUUGAACUGCUUCAACACCUACCAAAGCCACUUGACUUGUCAGACAUGGCUCUGCCAUCAAUUGUGACGGUUCAGACAGCGCUUAGUCAGUUGUGCAAGCAGACGGCCGGGAUGCGCUCCAUAGCAGUCACAGAUCGAGAUGGUGUUGUGGUGUUGAGGGCGCCUGAGACGGCUGCGGAUGAUCCUAUUGCUAGUGGCGUGCUGACGACCAUCUUUUCGAUGACCGCCGUGCAGAGCGAGAAGGUGAAAGGCCUUGGAUCGAUGAAUACAAUCCUGAACACGUACAGCGAGUGCUACCUGUUGCAGAUCAACAUGGAUGUGCUAGUCGUCUCCAUCAUUGUGGACAAAGAUGCCAACAUUGGUACAAUUAUGGCCUUGACGCCCUCAAUCAAGGACUUGUUGCAGCCAACACAGCUCGCCAUCAAGCGCGAGACAGAGGCGGUUUGAGGCAGCCUGGCGCCCCAAAGCCUUUGCUUACUCUGAUCAUUUGCCGCAAAAAUCGAU